UAGAAUAAAAAGUUCGAGGAUCCUUUUCCUAUACGGUUUUUAUCGUUCCAUUCUUAUGCGAAUGAAUCGCUGACCUAUAUUUUGUAAUCGUCGAUAAGAUGAUCGAAGAUAUUAUACGGAAAAAUUAUUUUCGAUACGAUAUGAUCAGAAAUUAUACAAAAUUCGAAUUAUACACGUUCGAUUAGAGAUCGUAAUCGUUUUGCAAUUAGAAAUCGUCUCGUUUCAUGUUCACAUUCUUAUGAAGAAAAGUGCAAGUAGAGACGGAACGUUACUUGUCAGGCGUGACUCGCUUAUACUCCUUCCUUCUUCAGCAUCCUCCCUUCCUCAUCCCGCAGCCUGCCACCACCUUUUCGUCCUCUAUCGCCUUCUCCUCGUCCUUCACCUCCUCUUGAUCCUCUAUCGUCCCUCUCUCGCCUCUCUUGUGGCUCUCCCUCCUUUUGAACCCUUCCUCCAUCCUCCCUGUCCCCACCUCGCUUGCCUGCCGGCUGCACGCUCACAUGCAACGAGCCAGACCGGCCGGCUGGCACUCAGUUGCCUUUAGCGCCGUGCAUCUCCGAGUCAGUCAGUCAGUCAGUCAGUCAUUGAGUCAGUCAGUCGGUGAGUCGGAUCGACACGCGCGAAGAGAUAUCGUUUAUUGUAACUAUGUACAUUCUUUACUCUCGCCAUUCUCGUUCUCUCCUCCUUUCUCCUUUUCUCGUUGUGUUCUUUCUCGUUCUAUCUUGCGAAAUUUAUUCGCAUCGCGGGUCAUUCGGUCGUGUCGAGUGUUGGCCGCGUGCUUCUCUAUUCGCGGCACGUGUGCAACGGAUGCGGAGAAAAAUGUGCACUUGUCGCGUGCAUUGUGUCUAUGAUUCGUUAGGUCGAGUUUCGGAUCGAGUCCGACUUACUUAUUUCCAGGAAGUUCGAAGUAUGCAUCACGCGGCAUAUGCGUAGUAUGAUACGAUGGAAAAAGUAAAUCGAACGGGAGAUAGGAAAUUUCCACGUUACAAAGAAGGUGCAGCAAUUGUGUUCGAAUUCGUAUUGUGGAGUUUGUGGUCGCGUUUGUGAAACGCGCUCGUCUUCUCGUCGCGUUAUUCUUCCGAACAAGCGAUGCAGUGAUCAAAUUUGAAUAGUAUUCUGUUCACGCGCGCUAUGGCGAAAGGAUUGCUUUUGGAAUUUCAAAUGUUGGGAAGAGAACGAAUCAUCGUUAUAUUCUUUUCCCAGUGGAAAAUUUGACUGUUUGUCUAUAUAUAAAAGAGUGCAACAGUGAAGUUUAACGCGAGAACGAGAAAGUUCGCAUGUUUGUUUUUUUUCGAUACGCGAUUAAAAUUAAAAUGUGACAAUCAAAUAAAAAAUUUAUUGUAUAUCUAAUGUACGUAAAUAACUAUGUCCAAUUCUUCAUUUCAUUUAUGAUAUACGAAAAAAUAUAAUGUUUCCACUAGAGCGUGUCAUUGCGGCUUACUUGUAUUCGUUUCUUUUUGCAGUAACAAUAUAAAGCGACCUUCGAGAAUUGGUAAAAAAGAAAUGUCGUGUAUGCCGUGUUUGUGAUUCUUCUCCGCAGAUAGUUGUCAUUUUAAAAUAUGUUGAUAAAAAGUGACCUCGGAUAUACGAGAACGAUCGUGAGAAUAAAUUUUUUUCUGUUUGAUUUGUUGAUGGUUGUGUCCACAGUUCCAUGCUAUAUCUAUCGAUGGAUAUUGUGAUUAGCGGUUAAUUUAAAUAGAUAAUAUUUUCCGAAUUUUUCCGCGCAAGAUAUUUUUCAUCAUUCUGUUUUCAUAGAAUAAUCCCUAUCCAAAAUGAAGCUUGUUAUAUGACGUUAUGGAUGUUUUGCAUUUUCUUUUCAGUGCCAAAGAUCGAACGUCCAAUGCUAAAAAUGUCGCUAAAAGAUGCCACAUUAUCGAUCGCGCAAAGUAUAUUGUCAUAGUAUGUCGUAAUUAAACGUGACUUUUGUAGUGAUAUGUUACGACUAUUAUGUCCGUCGGAACGCACGUGCCAAACAAACGAUCUUUGGCCACAAUCGUUCGAAAUUCGGCGAAUUUUUUGAUCGUUUUAAACGUGUUAUAAAAAAAAAUUCACGAUAUGACGUAUUUUGCCUCUAUUGAUAUUUGUCGAAUUAUCGAACUACAUAUUAUAUUGCAUAUUAUAUUCCAUUUCUAUUCUAUUCUGUCCAAAUGCUAUCGUGUAUUCAGAAACAUGGAUAAAUUUGCUUGGUGCAUAAUAAAUUUUUUUUUUUAUGUGCUUUACGUCGUGAAAGAUAGAAGACAGGUUAUGAAACGAAAUUUCAACAAACUUAUUAUGUUUGCAUAUUUAUUCAUGGGUGCAUUGGCUGGUGUAUUCGUGAAUCAUCGUCCCCUAACUGUGAAAGUGCGCAGUUUAAGCCUACCCUUCUCCCUCCCUUGAAUCUUCUACGCAGUAUUAAGGUCUUGGUUGAUCUGUAGUGUUGACUACACCAUUGCAGCGGACAACUUUUUGCCAGUGUUCAAAUACAGUGCACGCAUUAAGUUCCUGUUCCGUCGUCUCUUGUAAACAAGUUUAUGUGCACCUUUCGUUUACAAAUUAGUAGAUUCCACAUAUGUAAGUUCGUGGUUCCGUGAUAUAUGUAUCGAUUUUUCGUAUCAUUUGUUUUCUCUUGAUUUAAUUUUCCCGACACUUGAAAUAUUUUUCUUACUUAUUUUCCUUAUUUUCGCUAGUUUUUUCCGAUAUUUUUUUUUCCAAACGAAAAUCAAACGAUAAGUGAAAUUAUUUACGAAACAUAUAAAAAUAUAAUUUUAUUUAAUAUUCGAAAUAUUAGAAAUACAAGAGAUAAUGGAAGUGUUUGACGGCUUUACGGGUCGCUAAAUGGUUUGCUAAAUUCAGUCUACGUCGUGUCUGCGUGGUGAUUCGAGGCCACUCGAAGAAUAGCUUUUAUGUCCAACACGUGAGAAAUGGAUAACGGGUGAAGCGUGGAUUAUCGAUUAACUUUCAAGCUGCAAAUGACAAUAAUAUAUUGAAUUCAGUCGCUCUUAAUAAAUAAAUCAUAUUUGUUUUGUUUGUGCACGGCUUUCGUUUAAUUUAAAAGAUAAAUCGAUGAGAUUAUAUCGUGUUCGAGCUGCUAAUACUUUUUUAAAAAUUCUGAAAUCUAUUUUAAAUUGUCUAUAUCGAUUCUUCGUCAAUUAAAUUUUUAAUAAUUUAUGGGUAAAAAUAUACGUACAUAACUUUAAUGUCGCAAUUACUAGAAUCUUUAUUUCUUAGAAUUAAGUGAAAAUCAAGUCAAUAACCUUAACUGUAUAUCCCAGUCAGGUUACCGUCUUAUUCUAUUCACGGAGCACCCGGUAUAUAUCGAUUCGUUUUUCUCAGUAGACAAGGUCUGACGUAGCCUCUUCGUAGAUAACCUUGAACUUCAACCUCGACUUCGGAUACCGCCAUUAGAAAUAUAUUCUUCUGGCCCAUUCUCCAUUCAUCAUUUUCAUCAUCGAUCGAGUCGCGGGAAAGGAAGAUCGAUCGAUAAACGAGGAAUAAGAAGAGGGAGGAAAAUACGCUUCUGAUACGCUAUUCUUGCUAAUGAAAAUUAAACACGCAUCUCUUUCCCAUGUUAGAAAGCUUUACAUAACAAUGGUUGAAGUUUCGCGGUCGGACAAGUAUUAUCAUCCAGCUACGAAGCAGAGUCGUCAAGCGGAUACACGCGAUGCCAGAAGAAUAGAAGAUGCAUCGCCGUUUCAUGCACGUGGAUAUACGUUGCAUUUUGCAUAAUUGGCCGCGCACGUUACGUAAGCAUUGUUUCUACACCGCCGGCGAUUGUCACCGUUGCGCAGCCAAGGCAAUCGCAUUUUGCUGCCUACACGCUGUGGUCAAGGUCGCCGUUUGUAACAUCAACUUGAGGAAUCCCGGUAACAGUGAAACAGCAUUUGUCUCGACGAGAUUUUAGCCAGUGACAUUGAUUGAGCUUUGUCUAUUGUUCAGUCACUGAUUGUUAAACUUGUAUUAUCGGAUCUAUUUGUCUGAACUUCUAUUAUUUAAUUUCCUUUGUGAUUUCAACGGUGUUGGAAUUUUGUAUCUAUUUAUGCUUGGGGAUAAUGAGAUCAAAAAACUUUCCAUAAUUUGGACGAAAUUAAUAGUAAUUAAGAGAAAAUAGAUGUAUUUCUACCGUACGUAAUCCAGUUAUACGAAUCGAAUUGUGCGAAUUGUCUGUUUUCUUAUGGAUUCAGAUAAAUGGAGUUCUUGUAUAGACUCUUCUACCAUUAGUCUAGAGGAUACUGAAAAAAACUUUCUUGGAUAGAGAUUACGAUUCAUUCAAUCUCGUAUCUCGAUAAUUCAUUCUUCAUAAUUCAGUCGAAUGUUAAAGAAAUUAUUAGAAUUAUUACAAGAGAUUAAGAAAAUAUAUUUGAUGUAACAAUGAUAAUAAUAUUAAUAUUUGAGUCAUUUCACAAAUAAUAAUUUAAGGUUAGGUUUGUCUAAAAGUAAUCCAAAUUGAAUAUAAUAGAUAUUAAUCAUCUUUUUGUAGUUAAAAAUAUUCUUGAAAGAGUAUUUCCUAGUGAAAAUACAGAUUUCUCGUAUAAAUUUUUUGGAAUUCGAUCUGGGACUCUCGAUUUUCUUCGUCGACUUUCGAACACGUAAAAAGCGUGAAAUAUCGUAGCCACUCGGUCGCUGGUUCUUUUGAUCUUGCCGGUUUCGUGUUUCAACUUUUCAUUUUCGUUCGCUUUUACUCUCGUUCUCCUUCAAGACUCGCUGGUUUAUUCUCGGUUUAUACACGUAUUUUAGUCCUCUGCAACUUUGAACACGCUUUCAAAGGAUCUUCGAAAUCUUUCAGAAGGACAUUCAGUUAGUAUAUAUCCAGUCGCAAAAUUAUUACUAUAUAACUGUUGUUAGAUAUUCGAUCAUUUUUAUUUAAAUGUUUUAUUCGUCGAUAUUUAUACAAUUAUUUUAAUUCACGAUUUAAUUUAUUUAGAUCAUAUCAUAAACUUUCUUGACUUUAUUUAUAUUAUUUGAUUUUUUCUUUUUUUACUAAUUUCUAUUCGUCUUUUUAAUGUGUCAAACAUAUAAAAUAAUAACAGCUAGAUCAACUGCGAUCAUAUUUACUCUAAUGACAUAUUAAAACCAAUUUUGUUCAAAAAUAAAGCUGAAAAAGUAAAAUGGUGUCAAUUAUAUAUACUUUUUCCAUACUCGUCAUAUCUCAUGCUUAAUGCUUAAUUAAACAUAUCACUCGUACAGUGAAAAUGGAUAUCUUUGUAUUUUUUGAUUUUAUAAUUUUAAAAAGAAAAAUUUUCACGAUCUAUCACAAUCAUAAAAUUUAAUUCUUCGUCGAGUGUUCUUCAGUUUCAUUAUUCGUCAAAGCUUGAUUCUCAAGGGUACCGGGACACCGAUUUUUGCCAAGUCGAACUUCCGCUCACGUUACAUCAACGUUACACUCGGUAUCGUUGAAUCUUAUGCUCGAUCCCGAACAGAAAUUCUAUCUGGCUCGGAUUAACGUCCCGCUCUAUUUAUCAUUCGACGAUAUUUCUCCCUUCUCUUAUAUAUUUCUCUUCUUGUUUACAUUUUUUUGAAUAAUAAGCUCGAUCAAAAAAAAAAAAAAAAGAAAGAAAGAACACAACGAGAGAGUGGAGAAGGAUCGUUUCGCAAUUCGGUACCACGAUAAGAAUUAAAACGAGAAAUUUGAAGCGAGCUUGUAAAAUUGGCGAAUUUAAAUUUUGUUUGGAUCUUUAUCGAAAGAAACUUUUAAGUUAACCAGGCGGCAAAAAGUUUUAUCAUCUUUUUUUGAAUUAUUUAACGAUAAAGAUAUCAAGUGUUCUCGGUUAACAAAACUUUUGGUUCUUCAAUUAUAAUUUCGCGUAAUAAAUAUUUUUGCGAAAUUUAUAAUUGUAGAAAUAUUUGGAUACGAAUAUAGCGAACAGUAUUUAUAAACUUGCCUCUUUUUUUUUUGAUUGUCGCAAUUGAAUCAAAUAUACGUAAAAAAAAAAAAAAAUCAAAAAUCGAACAGAUAUUAACUCAGUUGCCCCCUUAAGAGCGCAAAAAUAAUAAUUUUCAAAUCUUCUUUUUCAAGAUGAUAUAGAUAUAUUUUAUCCAUAAACGCAGGAGAGAUCUGUAUCGUGGGCCAAAUCGUGAAACGAUAUUAAAAACCGAUGCAAUAAAUCCAUUCUUGUUCCUAAUCGUAGAGCGAUCGAGAGUUGACCGUUUGAACGCGAAACAACCAAAGAGGAGUGCAUUGAACGAAACCAAAUCGAUACCAAAAGAAGAGGGGAAGUUAGCUCGAUUUAGAGAAGGAAGGAGGAGGAGGAGGAGGAGGAGGAGGAGGAGGAGGUGAUGGUGGUCGGCUAGUCGUUUUUUCGUUUCUCGAGAUGACGCGACAAGGAUAUCGUGCGUGUUUCGCUUGAGAGUAGGAUCUUUCGGAUUCGGUGAAGUGUAGAAGAAGGGGGGGAAGGAAAAAAAAAGAAAAGUAAAAGUGACGAGUGAAAACAGGAAGAUCAAGACAGCCAAGAUGAUGAAGAAGGAGAAACCGAUGAUGUCGGUGACCGCCAUCAUCCAGGGGACUCAGGCCCAACAUUGGUCCCGUGGGAACACUUGGCUAAGUCUGGACAACAGCAAUAUGUCCAUGUCCUCUGUGGGCCCGCAAAGCCCACUGGACAUGAAGCCCGACACAGCAAGCCUCAUCAACCCCGGAAACUUCAGUCCUUCCGGUCCCAAUAGUCCGGGAUCCUUCACCGCUGGUUGUCACAGCAACCUUCUAAGUACGUCGCCGAGUGGCCAGAACAAAGCAGUCGCACCCUACCCGCCGAACCACCCUCUCUCCGGAAGUAAGCACCUCUGCUCGAUCUGCGGUGACCGUGCCAGUGGCAAACAUUAUGGUGUCUAUAGCUGCGAGGGUUGCAAAGGAUUUUUUAAGAGGACCGUGCGCAAGGACCUGUCGUACGCGUGUCGCGAAGAGAAAUCCUGCAUCAUUGACAAACGGCAGAGAAAUCGAUGUCAGUAUUGCAGAUACCAGAAAUGCCUCGCGAUGGGAAUGAAGAGAGAGGCGGUCCAAGAGGAACGUCAACGUACCAAGGAAAGGGAUCAGAGCGAGGUGGAGAGCACUAGUAGCCUGCAUUCGGACAUGCCGAUCGAGCGUAUCCUGGAGGCCGAGAAAAGAGUCGAAUGCAAGAUGGAGCAACAGGGAAAUUACGAGAAUGCAGUGUCGCACAUUUGCAACGCCACGAACAAACAGCUGUUCCAGCUGGUAGCAUGGGCGAAACACAUCCCGCAUUUUACGUCGUUGCCACUGGAGGAUCAGGUACUUCUGCUCAGGGCCGGUUGGAACGAGUUGCUGAUAGCCUCCUUUUCCCACCGUUCCAUCGACGUGAAGGACGGUAUCGUGCUGGCAACAGGGAUCACCGUGCAUCGGAACUCGGCGCAGCAGGCUGGCGUGGGCACGAUAUUCGACCGUGUCCUCUCGGAGCUUGUCUCGAAAAUGCGUGAAAUGAAGAUGGACAGGACAGAGCUUGGCUGUCUCAGAUCUAUAAUACUCUUCAAUCCCGAGGUUCGAGGACUGAAAUCCAUCCAGGAAGUGACCCUGCUCCGUGAGAAGAUCUAUGGCGCCCUGGAGGGUUAUUGUCGCGUAGCUUGGCCCGACGAUGCAGGAAGAUUCGCGAAAUUACUUCUACGCCUGCCCGCCAUCCGCUCGAUCGGAUUAAAGUGCCUCGAGUACCUGUUCUUCUUCAAAAUGAUCGGUGACGUACCGAUCGACGAUUUUCUCGUCGAGAUGUUAGAAUCACGAUCAGAUCCUUAGGAACAGAAGGUGUGCCGCGUCUUGGGGCACACCGAUUUAUAAAAGAUACGACAGAAAAACAAAUAUAAUAUAGAUAUAUAAUAUAUCAAAAAAGCAAAGAACAUCAUUGAAGAGAUAUAUAUAUAUAUAUGUAUGUGUGUAAAAAAGAAAAUUCCCGUUGAUAACUUCGAUAUAUGUCUCUCAGUGAAAAAGAAAAAAAAAAACGAAAUAAAAAUAGAGAUUCUCACAUAUCGAGUGAGAUAGAAUAUACUUACAUUUCUCUUUUUCACUGUUUUAUUUAUAUUUCUGUUCGUUAGCGCAUUAUUAUAAUCAACGUCCUUUUCUUCGAUUCGUAUCGAGAGCAUGUCGGAAGUCGAACAAUGGAUGCUAUCGCUGAGAACGAAUCAACGGGAUUUAUAACAUCUACGAGAGUCGAUCUGACGAAUUUUCAAACUCGCUGUUAUACCUCGGAAUGAUCUCUCUUUCUUUUUGCAUUCUUUAGUCUAUGACACAUGUUGUUUAUGUAUGUCAUACAUUGUACAAGCAAAAUUCUCGUGUGCCGAUUUCCUAUCGGUUAUUGCCGAUUCACAUUAGAUUUCAAUUGCGUUCACGUUGAACUAUGCACAUCCUAAAAUCAUGUGGAAGUUCCUAAGAUAUUGAUUUCUUAUGCUCUCCCUUUUCUUUGUUCACUCUCUACUUUUUCGACUCGUGUAUUAAUUUUUCUUUAUUUUACUAGUCUUUCAAAAUAUAUACAAUAUAUAGGAUGAUGAUACAACUCUUCGAUCUCCUUCAUUUUAUGUGAAUUACAAUCCUCGGUGUUGGUUCAACCUAUAAUAAGCGUGACAAGCUUUUUUUUACAUUCCAACGCUGCCUCGAUUCGGAUCGUACACUUGGAUGAGCCAUAAAGAGCAUCUUUAGAUAUAUUAUUAUUAUACAUACUUACAUAAAACGAAAACGUUUUACACGUGUGUGCAUUAUACGAUAAUUUAUUGUUUUGUAUUUUAGAGUAUAGAGAAAAAAAAUAAUAGUAAAAUUUACUAAUUUCAUUAUCAAUUAAAUAUAUUAUAAUAUUUCUUUUUAUAUAUAUAUAUAUUGUAUAUAUAUAUAAUAUAUAAAUAUAUUAUUAUAUAUAUACAUAUAUGCAAAUACAUACAAGUGUGUAUAUAUAUAUAUAUUGUAUAUAAAUACGUAUAUAUAUAUACUUGUAUGCAACUUAUGUAAUAAAAAAUAUUGAAAUUGUAACACAUAAUAUUAUAAAAUGAAAAAUUAAUGAAAAAGAUGGAUAUACUCCAGGUAUCAUUUAUCAUACAUAAACAUAUUCACAUUGUUAAAAGAUAAAUUGAUAAUAUGAAAGAAAAUUUCUUAUUAAGAGCAAUUUUUAUUUUUGGUAAAUUGAAACUAUAUAUAUCAUGUAUUAUUAUUUUUUUGUCUUUUUUUUUGUGUUUAAUUGCAAUUUUUUGUUAUGUGUAAUAGUGAAUAGUAUAUAUAAGUUAAUACUAUUCUUAGUAAUUUACUAUUUGAUGCAAAAAUUGAGUUUUUCAUUGAAUUUAAUGUAUUAUAUUGUGAAAACUCUUAAAAAACAUUCAAGAGACACAAUGCUUGCAAUGUAAAGUUUAUCCUUUAAACCUAGAUAUUUAAGAAUUAAUUGAUCAAGAACAGAUCUAAGAUAGAAACCUUAUUAUCGUUGUUAGUGAUUCUCAGAAUUCUCAUGAUGAUUUUAGCUGAAGGAUAUAAGAAAAUAAUAAAAGAAAAUUUAAAAAAAGUACAUCUAUUUUAUAUUUUACUUUUUUAAAUUUUGAAAAAUUUAUUGAGUUGUGUUAUUUUUAAAUAAUAGCAAAAAAUUUGAAUUGUGAUUAUUAUAUUUUUAAUAAAAAAUUCAUUGAUUUUAAAUUCGUGGCAAUAAAGAUUCUAAAUUUUUAUAUAUUUUAAUCAUGUGUAUAAUAUAUAUAUUUAAUAUAUUUUUUAUAAUCUAUUGAAAUAAUUUUAGAACAUUAUUAAAAAUAUUUAUAAAUAAAAAUAUAUUUAUAUUCCUUUUGUAAAAUAUUUAAAUUUAUUGUUUUUAGAUUGUAAUUUGAUUUUAAGAUUUAAAAAAGAGAUCUGUUUUUCUGAUAUCCUUCAGUUUUAAUUAUCUAUAUAAAUUACUAUAGCAUCCCUAGAAAUCAUAAGGAAUGAUCAUACUUACUUCGAUGAUAUAAAUUAUGAUAAUAUUAAAAUAUUAUUAAACAUAUUUCUAUUUUUGCGUGAAUGCUUACGAUUGUUAGUUGUUGGUUAUUGUUAUCUAUUUGAUGAGAGUUUUUAAUGUUAUGCAUUAUCAUCAUGGGAAAAAAACACAUUAUUAAAUUCCUGAUUUUUUUUUAAUAUUGCUGGAGUUGCUGUUCAUUUUAUUCAAAUGCCUAAUAUCUAAUAAUUUUUUAUAAUUCUUAUGUGACACAUUCAAAGGAUAAAUUUUUGACACUUAUUCAAUCCAAUUUUGAUAAUUUUUCGAACGAUUUUCGAACUAAAUUCAAGUUCUGUUUAUAUAUUAUAUAUAAUUUAAAAUUUCUAUUUAUACAUUUUUCAUAAGAAACUAUCAUACAAUUUCUGUAAUAUCAAUUUUUUUGAUGUUUUUAAAUUAGAAUGAUAUGUUCUGUUUCUUUACAUUUAUAUUGAAAAUAUAUAUCUCGACCAAAAUUACCUCUGAAUGAAACGCGUUUUGCGGUCACCUCAUCUAAUUCCUCAAUACGUGUAAUAAUAGUAAUAAUAAUAAUAAUAAUAAUAAUAACAAUAAUAAUAAUAAUAAUGAAAAAAAAUAAGCAGUGAAAUAUAAUCAUAAAGAGUGGUGGGCGUGAAUGAAGCUACCUGUGAAUGAAGUUUCAUAUAAAUAUAUAAAUGUUAAAAUGAUGAUAUCUAUACAUAUAUACAUAUAAUAAUAUAUGAAUAUAUAUAUAUAUAAACAAAACUUUCACAAAUAAUUAUUAAGAACCUCAUUAGCGGUCAGUAAAGUGACAAAGAUAAUGGCAGAAUUUUUAAUAUCUUAUUCUAAAACAUAUUGAAGAUAAUAUUAAAGGUAAGAGAUUCAAGAUGGAAUUCUGGAAUGUAUUGAAAUAAAUUUAUUAAUUAAUAGCAUGUUUCUAUGAUGAAGUGAUAUAUGGGAAUGAAAAAAUUAUAUAUACAAUUAUACAAUUAUAUCUAUAUAAACUUAAUGCUUUUGCCAUAUUUCUUUGAACUAUUCUAGAAAUUGUACGAUGCUCAAAUUAUAUGUAGUAAUGUUUUACUUAGUAACAGUGUCCUAAAAUGAACGAAUGCGGUGCGUUGUAAACCUUUAGUAUGAUUAUGAAUUAUAACAUUCAGAUUGUAACAGAUAGAGAACAAAAUUUUUUAUUAUUAUUUGGUUACUUACGAAAUUUGUUAUUUUUUAUGUAUUUAAUUAUUCAUGAUAUCCUUUUACAUUCUAUAUUUUAUACUUUUAUAUUUUUUCUUGUACUAAAAUGAAAAAUAAUAUUAGUUAGAAUUUUACAUUGAUAUUUAGUCAUAGUUUUUUAUAAUACUUGAAAAGAUUAAAAAGGUUCUACGCACCCAUUCUAUAUAGACCAGUACAAAUAAGUUUAAUAUAAAUAGUAAUAAUGAAUAAAAUAAUUGUUUUUACCUUACUGAAGCAUGUAAGGUAAAUGCCACUUAAAUAGUAGCAGGUGUCCUAUUAAAUUACUGUACCUUUGAUGAAUUAAAUUAAAAACUAGAGUACUAAAACAAUCCUUCUGUGUGUAUAAAUGUCAUAAAAUUUCAUGUAUCAAUGAAUGCUAUGUAUUAACAAAUUAACUUACUGCCAUUACAAUUAAUUAAUUUUUGGAAUAUUAGCAUGGCCCAAUAUUCCAUAUUUUUAUCUUUCUUCCUUCAAAUUAAAACAAAGAAAAAAAAAUUCUUAUCAAAUUGUUGUACCGUUUUAUUGAGUAGAUUUUUAUAAUUUGAUUGUAAAUUAAUAAAUUAUGCGUAAGACUUGUAAUUUUAAGAACACAGUAAACAGAAAAUUCAUUAAUAUUCAAAAAUGCAUUAAUUAUAAAUGUAUAGUAUAGCUCUCUAAUAUAAUAUUCCAAUUCAGAAAUAAUUAUUAUAUUAACAGCUUAAAGAUAUUUAUAAAUAUUUUUUUUAUUUAUAUUAAUACGAUUUAUUGUAACAAACUCAGUAUGUUGAUUGUUUCAUAUGUUUUUCAAAUACAUUGUUUUAAAUUGGAAUACUAAUUCAUGUUAGUGCUUAGUAAUAAUACUAUGGUUGUGCUCGAUAAUUAAAGCAAUGCUAUAUAUGUAUAUAUAAUAUAUGCAUAUUUAUGAACACGAAUAUGUACUUACAUAAGUAUAUAUUGUAUGUACGUACAUUUUUGAAGUUCAAUUUACUAUCUUUAAGCUGUAAAUGUCAUUUUUCGAAGCGAUAACUAAUUCGCACAUCUUUUGAUCCUUCAUUUAUUUAUAUGUAUAUGUAUACAUUUGUGGUUGCAUUUUGUAUACAUACAUAUGAAUUAUUAUUACAUUAUUAAAAUUAAAAUACGCUUUCGUAUGCGUAAAAAUAUAACAUUUUUUCAGGUAAUGACAUAUGAAAACAUAUUUGGAAUACGAAAGAUUCCAUAUUGGAUCGGUAACUGUUUUAUAACGAAUGAGAGUAAUAUAUUCAUAAAAGAAUAUGUGUAAUAAAUAUGAUAAUGAUGAUGAUAUAAAUGUAGAGAACAAAGAGUAUAAGAGAGAAUGCGAUAGUGCGAGAGCGAAAUUGUUAAUGGAAGAAAUGUGAAGAAGUCAUAUAUAGAAUGUAAAACAGUAUGGCUAAUAACAAUUCUCUAGUAAAAAAAAUAUAAUGUACCGUCUUGCGCCAAGAGAUAAAUCGUCUAUUCUGACUUGUCUAAAUAUAAUAUUUUUAUGAAGCAAAAUGGUUGUUUGAUUUAUUGUGUACUUUUAUUAUUAUAAAACUCAAUUAAAACAAUUGAUUAAAAUACACAAUUAUAUCAAAAUAAGAACACGACUCGUAAGCAUAAUUAUGAAAACACCUUUUUAUUCGUGAUGGACAUUAUACAGAGUAUGUUUCAGAUGUAAUUGUUACCCACAGACAUUUUUUGAUGUUAACAAUAAUUAGAUGUAUAUUUUGAUAUUUUCAUCGCUGCAAACUUCUUUCCCCAUCUUCCAUUUUCGAAUUAUAAAUUAAAUUCUCUAAUAAGUGACCAAUAAAAAAAAGUAAAAAAUUAAUGUUAUAAA